AUGGCGCAAAAUGAGAUUGAUAACAUCACGAGAGAUCUAGAAAAUCUGGACUUUCAUCAUCCUUACACACCUUAUGAUGUUCAAGAACAGUUCAUGAAAGCUGUUUACAAUGUUUUGGAGACAGGUAACGGUCAAGUUGGCAUCUUAGAGAGUCCAACCGGUACUGGCAAGUCGCUUUCACUCAUCUGCGCUUCAUUAACAUGGCUUCGAAACCAUAAAUCGAACCAAUUUGAAACCUCUAUCCAGGAAUCAGCAGAACAAUACAAAGAUGAACCAUCAUGGCUUGUCGAACAGCUCCUCCGUCGCAAGCGCGAAGAGCUUGUGUCUCGUUGGGAAGAGCGUGAAAAACGUCUUGAAACCCUUCGUCUCAAAGAAAAAGCCCAAGAAGAGCGCGCCCGCAAGCGUCGUCGCGUUGAUGAUGUGAUGCCAAGGUCGCGUGCAGUAGAAGAUGAGGAUGCCGAGUUUUUGCUUGAUGAUCCUGAUGAUCGAAAUGAUACACCACAAGACUCCUUAUCGGGGUUAAGCAAGGAGACGAGAGAAGUUCUGGCAAGUAUUGGACUGGGAGGGGCGAGGAAGACUGAAGAGGAGGAUGACCUCGUAGAGGAACCGAUCAAGAUCUAUUACACGUCAAGAACACAUUCUCAGCUUUCGCAAUUCAUCACCGAACUGCGCCGUCCUACGUUUCCGCCCUCACUCCCAACGUCGAUUGCUAAGCAGGAAGAGACGAAAACUGAAGCGGUCAAGCUGUUACCACUAUCUUCUCGGCAAAGAUUAUGCAUCAAUCCCUCAGUCUCAAAGCUGGGAUCUGUCCAAGCUAUCAACGACCGCUGUUCGGAGCUUCAACAGCCAAAGUCGGGCCAGAAAUGCCCCUUCGUACCCAAGGAAGACCUCAUCUCACAGACCCAUCAGUUUCGCGAUCAUGCUCUGGCUACGUUGCCUGACAUCGAGGAUCUUCAUCAACUUGGCAAGUCGCUUGCUGUGUGUCCUUACUAUGCAUCACGAACUGCCCUUCCAGGCGCUGAGAUCAUCACACUCCCAUACCCUCUGCUAUUACAGAAAAGUGCCAGAGAUGCUCUCGGUGUCAAACUGGAAAAUAGCGUGGUUAUCGUUGACGAAGCGCAUAAUAUCAUGGAUGCGGUAGCCAAUGUGCAUGCAGCUGAGAUCAAAUUGAGCGAUCUGCAAAGAGGUCGUGGCAUGUUAGGAGUAUACGUCAAGCGAUUUGGCAAAAAGUUGAAAGGUGUUAACCGAGUGAACGUUGGAAGAGUAGGAAGAGUCAUUGACGGACUCAGCGAAUGGAUGGAUGGUGCUCUCAAGCUCAAGCAAGAACAUGGCAUUGUGGAUCCAAAUGAUCUUACUCGACCCAAGGGUAUCGACCAGAUCAACAUGUUUGAACUGAUACAGUAUAUCCAAGAGUCGAAGCUCGCUUUCAAGAUCGAGAGUUAUAUAACCCACGUGGAGAGUGAAGACGCAAGUACAAAAACGUCCAGGUCAAGCACGCCAGUGCUUCACUCCCUAGUAUCAUUUCUCAUUGCCUUCACGAACCUUAGCUCUGAAGGUCGCAUAUUUUACCAGAAGAUCAAAGGACCAACUCCUGAUAUACAGCUUUCUUACUUGCUCUUAUCACCUACUCAUGCAUUCUCAUCCAUCGCAUCAAGCGCCCGAGCGGUUGUCCUCGCGGGAGGUACAAUGUCGCCAUUUGAUGACUACAAAGACCAUUUGUUUCCCUCCCUAGAAGCAGAUAAAGUGACGACCCUGAGCUGCGGGCAUGUCAUUCCGCCUGAGAACCUCUGCGUUUGGACGCUUGCAUCAUCACGACCUGGCGCACCACCUUUCGAGUUCAGCUUCCAAAAGAGAGGCGAUCCCGAGAUGAUAACACAACUAGGUCUCGCAAUCCUGAACCUCUGCUCAUUGGUUCCCGACGGCGUUGUCAUCUUCUUCCCCAGUUACGGAUAUCUCGAUGAAGUAGUCGCCGUCUGGCAAAAGAGUCAAGGCUCAGGUGCACAGUCAGUCUGGGACCGCCUGGGAGCACGCAAAGCACUCUUCAAGGAAACAAAAGGUGCAUCCAGCGACGAAGUGCUAGAAGAAUACUCAUCCGCCAUCCUCGGCGAAAAGAGCAACGGAAAAGGUGCUCUCCUUCUCAGCGUUGUCGGUGGUAAAAUGUCAGAGGGCAUCAACUUCUCCGACCGUCUAGGACGCUGUGUGAUAGUGAUCGGUCUACCCUACCCCAACAUAGCAUCACCCGACUGGAAAGCAAAAAUCGAAUACAUCGAAACCACAACACAAAACAACUUGAUAGCACAAGGCGUAGCGAAAGACGAAGCUGUGAACAGAGGAAAACAGACAGCACGGGACUUUUACGAGAACGCUUGCAUGCGGGCCGUCAACCAGAGUAUCGGCCGUGCAAUCCGGCACCGGGGCGACUAUGCGGCGAUAGUGCUCGUGGAUCGACGUCUUCCUCUUCCACCUUUUGGGUGUAUCUUGUAUCUCCAAGAGUUGUCAUUGCCACACAGCAGCAUGACUGAUGCAACAAAGAAUGCUCCGGUCCGGAGCAUGGCCCCGGCCGAUGAGCAUGAUCAUGAUCACGACCACAGCGACGUGGAAAGCCUCAAGGCCGCAGCGCUAUUCCACAAGGCUCUUCGCAUGGGAAGAGUUGAAGAGAAGGGUAUCCAGCCUAUUCCUGUCGAAGAGCGCACAGCAACACGGUUCUACAAUAUAUUUACUAUCUGGGCGUCCAUCAACUCUAAUAUUCUCGGUAUCACUUUUGGCAUGCUAGGUCCUUUGGUGUACGGUCUCAGCUUGAGGGAUUCUGCGCUUAUCAUUCUCUUCUUUUGCCUCUUCUCUACAGUUGGACCAGCUUAUCUUGCCACUUUUGGUCCGAAGACGGGAAUGAGGCAGAUGAUUCAGGCGAGAUACAGCUUUGGUCGCUAUUUGGUCUCAAUUCCUGUGCUACUCAACCUCGCCACUCUCACAGGCUUCAUGGUCAUCAUCUUUGUCGUCGGUGGCCAAUGUCUCUCCGCUGUAUCAAGCGGCCAUCUUAGUCCCGACGUCGGCAUUGUUAUUAUCGGAAUCUUGUCCCUAUUUAUUUCCUUCUGUGGAUUCAAGGUUCUGCAUUACUACGAGACAUACGCCUGGAUCCCCGCCAUCAUCGCCAUCACCAUCGCAACAGGAUGCGGCGGUUCGGAGCUUUCCAAGCAAGCUGCUCCUGCGGCCCCAGCGACUGCACCAGCUGUUCUGAGCUUCGGUAUGAUCGUCGCGAGUUACAUGAUCCCGUGGGCUGCUAUCGCAAGUGAUCUCACGACCUACUUUGAUCCCAAGGUUCAGUCAUGGCGAGUCUUUACGUAUACUUACCUCGGUCUUAUCACGCCUACUAUUCUGCUCAUGACACUGGGUGCUGCCAUUGCUGGAGCCUUGCCGAAUGUCCCUGAGUGGUCCGCUGCAUAUGACGAGACUGCCGUGGGGGGUGUUCUCGCAGCUAUGCUCUCCAGCGCAGGCGGCUUUGGCAAAUUCGUGGUCGUGAUCCUCUCCCUCACACUGCUGGGUAACACAGGAGGCACAAUGUACGCCAUCACACUCAACUUCCAGACUCUCAUCCCCGGACUUAUCAAGAUCCCCCGAUACGCCUUCGCCGUGGUCGUAACCGUUAUCGUCAUCCCAACCGCCCUCCGCGCCCAACGCGAUUUCUUCGUCAACCUCGAAAACUUCGUCGCGCUCAUCGGCUACUGGUCCGCGUCGUUCAUCGGUAUCGUCAGCGUCGAGCAUCUCGUCUUCAGGAAGGGUCGCUACGAUUCUUACGACCAUGCUAUCUGGAAUGUAGCUUCGGAGCUACCCCUUGGUAUUGCGGCUAUCGCGGCGGGAAUUAUCUGCUAUGCGCUUGUUGUGCCGUGCAUGGCGCAGGCUUGGUGGACGGGACCUAUUGCCAAGACGACUGGAGAUAUUGGAUUUGAGAUUGCUUUCGUUAUGAGUUCGUUAUUUUAUGUGCCUUUUAGGUAUUUGGAGAAGCGUCUUUCUGGAAGAUAA